AUGUUUGGCAAAUCAAAUGCAUUCAAACCUCGAUACGGCAAGUCCAAUCAGUCGUACCUACCUUUACCCGCGACUUUCAAUAAACUCAAUCAACGCCGAAGCCUACCUUUGGUAAUACUCGGGGUUUUAAUAACAUGGUACUUCUUGGCUCCACUUUCAAUCAUAUCAACCAUCUUCCGUACGUCUUCUGCACCGCAUUAUCCACCACCGCAUCCAUAUUCCAGCAAACACGUUAUUGAGCAUUCAUCAAAGUAUAUUUAUCCCCCCAUUGAACAGGCGCCACUUUUGAAGCAAUUGACUGGACAAAAACUUGUCCAUACGACAAAAGUCGGCGAUAAGACCGUUUUCCAACCGUUGAGCGUGCUCGAUAAUCCGGAUCCUACUGUUCAGCAAUUGAAGGAGAAGGAUGAGAAUGAAAAGGAUCAAUUCAUGAAGGCUAAAAACUUUUUCAAGAACCAGGAUCGGGUUGUGUUUAAACCAAAGAGCCUAAAGAAUUAUCCCGAGGUGAUUAUUGUCACUGCUGUUGAUUUCGACAAGUACUCGACUGAAGCGUUGGCCAAGAUUGUUCAGAAUCGCGUUGACUAUGCCCAUUUUCAGAAAUAUGGAGUGUAUGUGCGAUGGGCACAAGAAUUCAUCCCGCAGUUGAACUCAAUGGUUGCAUUGACAGAUAAGGAAAGGGCCAAAUGGGUGAGGUUGUUUUGUACGCGAGCUGCCAUGCUUGCGUUUCCUCAUGCCAAGUGGUUUUGGUACUUUGAUCAAGAUGGACUUGUGAUGGAUAUGACGAUGAAUGUGCAGCAGACGUUGUUGAACCUGGAAGUGUUGAAUGCGCAAAUGUUGAGGGAUCAGCCUUUGAUACCCAAGACUGGUGUGAUCAAGACGUACAAGAGCAUCAAAGCUGAAAAUACCCAAUUGAUAUUUACGCAAUCGGACAAAAAAAUUGAAACUACAUCGUUUGUAAUUAGGAAUGGACCUGUGGGCAGAGCAGUUACGGAAGUCUGGAGCAAUGACCUUUAUUUGAAUUAUCAAAGUUUCCCCUAUGGGCCCGAUUCCGCCUUGACGCAUCUUUUGCAAUGGCAUCCAUUUGUGUUGAGCAAGACUGCAUUGGUGCCGGCUAGAACUAUCUGUGCUAAUGCUGCUGCUGCUGAUGCGGGGGCAGAUUCACAAGAUAAGGAUGCAAUUGGUGCUACUUAUGAGGAAGGGGAUCUUGUUGCUCAAUGGAACGAUUGUAAACUGCCAGCAGAAUGUGAAGAGAUUUUGAACUCAUACCAGGUAAAAGUAAAGAAACCUUGA